UGGAAAGCUGCGCAGAGUAAAAUAUAAACGGUCUGGUUCCACACAGAACGUCAUCUGGGUCCAGAUCCGGACCGCGAUCCGCCCAUUGCCUACUCAAGGGUUAGAAUAAACAAUGUACAUAAAAAUAUUGUCGUUAGAAAAAAUUAGAGGAAGUAUGUUACCACUGAGCGGUGACUCCAAACUCGUGAUCUCGCACUUUCACGCCCAUUUCUUUCCCAACUGCGCUAAAGAUCUUCCUGCCCAGAGAAUUGCGUUCCCCGAUUUAUGAUGCUGACAUCGGGGACAGAGAGGCAACAGUCUGACACAAAUCCUCUGAAGCAGCCAUGGACCAAGCAAGAUCAGCGAUGUCCCAAAUUUUUAACAAUGAACCACACUCCUACACACGAUUCAACUUGCCUGAUAAUAUGGAAGGUGACACCAGCCAGGUGGAGAUGAUACAGUCGUCUGACAUGAAUGAGGAGGUUGGAGAGAAUGGCGACGAAGACCACCUUAGUCACAAGUCAAACCGCCAACCACACGUGGCUCAAAACUUUGAAUGUACAACCAAGAACCUCUGCUUCAUGGCAGCUGCUAUCGUCUUCACAUUUGUCAUUGGCUAUUUGACUGGCUACCUGGUUCAUAAGAAUAAGGAUCUGAAUUGCUCCUGUGCACCUUCUGAAGAUGAUAUUACCCAUGAGACUGGUGCUGUCCCUUUCAUGGACUGGGAUGAUGUGAGAAAACUGCUUGGUGAUAAACUAAAUACAUCCAACUUAGAGAUUGCACUAAGUCAGCUGAACAGCAGCAACCACCGGGCUGGUUCUCCUGGUGAUGAAGAUCUGGGGAACAAGGUGAUAAAAAAGUUUAAGGAGUACGGCAUGAAGACCUGGACUGAUGAGCACUUUGUCAAGGUUCAGGACCCCCCAGCAUCUGGAUACAACAGAAUAGUUUUCAAGAACGGAUCAGAGGAACAUCCAACGGGUUUCCUGUCCUACAGCGCCAGUGGAACAGCAAGGGGUGCAGUGCUGUAUGCCCAUUAUGGACAGGAAGAGGACUUCCAACAGCUGAAGAACAUGAACAUCAACAUGAAUAACAGGGUGAUGCUGAUCAGAGCUGGAAGGAUCAGCUUUGCUGAGAAGGUAGCCAAUGCAGCCAAAGUGAACGCUUCUGCUGUGCUGAUCUACCCAGACCCCAUUGAUUACCCUAUUGGAAAUGAUACUUCACUCUUUGGACAUGUCCACAUGGGCUCUGGGGAUCCCUACACCCCAGGCUUCCCUUCCUUCAACCACACCCAGUUUCCACCUGUGCAGUCUUCAGGCCUGCCACAUAUUUUGGCUCAGACUAUCACAACAGGCAUGGGAACCAAAAUUCUGAGGCAGCUCGGGGGUAGAACUCAGCCAAAUGGUUGGGAGGGCAUCAAUAGACUCGGAGAUGAGAGCGAUGUUAUUACUGUGGAAGUCAACAAUGUCCUUACUGAGAAAAGGAUAAAUAAUGUCUUUGGGGUCAUCAAAGGCUUUGUGGAUGCAGAUCGAUACGUGGUCAUUGGGGCCCAGAGGGAUGCGUGGGGCCCGGGCUUUGCAGCAUCAAGCGUGGGCACCAGCGUCCUCGUAGAGCUGGCGCGUUCCAUCUCUGACAUGGUGGAGAACGAUGGAUUCAAACCGAGGAGGAGCAUGGUGUUUGCCAGUUGGAGUGCGGGAGAGUAUGGGAGUGUUGGCGCCACCGAGUGGUUGGAGGGUUAUUUGUCCUCUCUGAGCAUGAAAGCAGUCGCCUACAUCAACCUGGACGGCAUUGUGACAGGUCAGAAUGGAUUUAAAGUAGCAGCCAGUCCGUUGCUGCACAGCCUGAUCCAAAACACACUGAAAGAGCUGAAUAACGACAAGAACCAGUCUCUUCUUUCUCAGUUUGGAAAGAACAACUGGGAGUCUGCUAUUCUGGAGCCUCUGAGGAUGGACAGUGCUGCGUAUCCUUUCCUCGCCUUCUCCGGCAUUCCCUCAGUCGCUUUCAGAUUCCACUCUGGAAGUUCAGUGAGUGAAUUCUUCUGUACUACAAUGGACACCCGAGAAAACCUGAACUCUGUCACAGCCAGCCAGGUUCCUCAGCUGGCUGUGAGAGCGGGCCAGUUUGCAGGUCACAUAGCGCUGAGGCUGGUCCAUGACCACCUGCUGCAGAUGGACCUGAAGAAGUACAACCAGCUCAUACGCAGCCACGUGGUUCAGAUUAAUGCAAGGGUCAAGGCUGUUCAGAGGUUGCAGCCCCAGCUGUUGCCCAAGACCCUGACUGGGCAGUGGUUGGUCAUGGCCUCUGGCUCCUACAACCGUGUCUCUAACAUAUUGACAGCUGACAUCCAAAACAGCGACCUGGAAAACGUGGAGAUGUGCCGCAUGAUCAAUGACCGCAUCAUGACGGUGGAAAGGAACUUCCUGUCACCCUACGUUUCUCCGAUAGACAGCCCCUUUCGCCACAUCCUGCUGGGCUCCGGCCCCCACACCCUCAAAGCCCUGACCAACCACCUCGACGCUCUGAAGUCUGCCAGCCCAGAGGCCAACGCCGAGCUGUUCCGCAACAAGCUUGCCCAGGCGACCUGGACCAUUCAGGCCUGUGCCAACUCCCUAGCAGGGGACAUCUGGUCUCUGGAUAAUGAAAUCUAGAAAAGUCCUUUGCCCUCCCUUGUUCAUGGCUUGGCCCUCUUAUUACAACAGGCGGUGUGACAGCCAGUAUGAUGGUGUGAUUAACAGACAGUUUUUUAAUGGAUUUCCACAAAGUCAUCACAUCUGUUCCAGUGUUAAUUUUCCUUUUUCUAAAAUUUUCCAUAAAACCAAUAUAUGAUAUGUCAUGAUAGAAAAUAUGUGAGCCUUCCGCUUAAAAAAACUUGCACAAAGAAAAAAACAAAUCUUGAAUUUGAACCUGUGGUAUUUUAAAUAUCACGAUCUUCAAUACUUUGGCCCUCAUCAUGUCAUGCCAAUAUCAUAGCUACAAGCCACUGAGCACAGAUGGUUGGUGUGCCAGUGGUUGGAAAGUGGUCCUGCCAUCUGAAUCCAAAGACGCUUCUGAGGCACCGCGUGUUGAACGAGUUGAGUCGUCUCAUUUAGGUGAUCCAGGUUUCACGUCCAUACAGUAAGGGGCUGUUGACACAGGGCUGCUACACUUUGAUCUUUGUGUGGUCAGUCAGCACUUUAUUUUUACACACCCUGCAGGACAAUAAGGCCACGAUAGUGUUUACCUUCCUGAGUCAUCAACUGAGUUCCAUAUUAAGUGAGAGGGUAGUGUUGAUGGUAGAACCCAGGAAAGUUAUUUUAACUGCACGGGUGCAGAUAUUCAUAGUGAUGGAGGGAGGGGUGAGGCACAGAUGUUCAUCUUUUUUCUGGCUAACAAUGAGCCCAAACUACUUACUCAAAGAUUAGAGGAUGCUCGUCAGUCUCUGGAGGAUAGCCUCAGUGUGGGCCACGAGGGUAAAGAGCAUCUCCCUGAUUAAGUACUAUCCUGACUUUGGUCUUCAAGCACAGAAAACAGCAAAUGUGACUAUGACUUUGACCUUUUUGGGUAAGGACUAAUUAGGAUCUCAUUGUGUGCAUAUUUAGCUAAAAAAAUGACAAAUACUGUAGGAGGAGUAGCGAUUAUUGAUUAUGAAAGGAUGGACGGACAAUGUAUACCUCUGGCUUAAGCUUAUCCUUUGUCCUAUACCAUGGAGAACAUCAGUCCUUUGGCUGGAUGAAAUAAAAAUGUAAAAUAACCAUCACAAUAUCACUUUAGCAAAAGCAUCCCAGAGUACCUGAUAUUAAAAUCAGAGGCCAGAGCUUUUUCAUGUGAUGGAUCAUCUAAAGAAGCACAGUUUCUGAACCAUCGUUUCAGGUCAUAAAAAUUCACUAUCAUUACCAGCUGUUGCUAAUGUCUGGAUUAGCUGGGAUGUCUUCUUGUCCAAUAUUGUCUGGAAAACUUUAAGCUAACUGCAGUGGUUUCAUCCUGAUUUGUUUGAAAAAAUAAUAAAGGUGGCACCUCACUCUUCUCUUUUUAUUGCAUUUGUUAAACCUGCUUCUGCUUGUUUCACCUUAAAGUACUGCAAUUUUAGCUAAAAUUGGAAGAGACCACUAGCCUCAACAGUGUAGGGGAGUAGGGCACGUGAAGUAAUGACUACUGUAUUCUACCAAAGAUACGAUUUUACGACAAAAAAUGCACUUAUUUGGGUACAUAUAUGGUUUCAAGGUGUAAGGUUUAAGAGCCCAUUUCAUCCGGCCCAGCUGAUCUGUUCCAUCUUCAAGCUCUACUAUUGAAGGAAUUUUGGCUUUAAAGAAAGGAGUGUUACAAACACUUACCAUGGCCACAGCAUUGUGGUCCAGUAUUAUUUCCAUAACUAAUCACCACUCUACACUGUGGAUUUAGUUUGAAUGAAUAAAACUACAUUUUACCUUUUGAUGAAUUUGUUGAGAUUUCCUUUGUUCCUUUUUUUUGUUUCAUGUCUCCAAUGGAGAGCCGAGCUUCUGUAUGCUGAAAGAGGUUCAGAUAAUUUUCUUGUUUUCUGUUAAAAUCAAAAGUUGGUGAACUUGGAAAAAAAACGUAAAAUUCCUUUGUGCUUGCAAAUUGUUAAAAUAUUCAGCUAAAAAAAACAAAUAAACUGUGAACACAUUU